AGCUGAGAAACGAAAAAAGCAAAGGAUGUUGGCGCUAAAAAAUCCGGAAAAUGCAGAAGCCUUUAUUGAAGGCAAACGUAGAAUCCUGCGUAUUUUGUUGGAUUUAAAAGCUUAUGAGGCAGCUGUUGACUAUCAAAAAAUCCGUGACGAAUAUAUGACACGUUAUAAGACUAAUUUGAAUGCUGUGAAUUUUUGCCGAGUUUUUUUCCGAGAAGUUGACUUGACGAAUAACAGCCCAAUUCAUAUUCGAUUGAAAAGUCCAAAUAUAACAUGUAACAGUUGAAA